AUGGUAUACAAAGAGAUGCAGAAUUCGCGUAAAAAACUGUACGUAAUCGAGCAUAUAAUAUUGGUUGUUUUGGUGUUGCACUGUGGGACAUGUCUCUGGUACUAUUUGCACCAAUCAAAUCCUAUGGAGGAGUGGUAUUCAUUGGGAUUUUAUAUGAGCAGCAAAAAGAUAAAAUUCGACAGUUAUAUCUCAUGUUGGUACUACAGCUCAGGCCGUUUCUUCAACUGCAUAUUUGGUGAUAGCUUUCCACUGCAAAGUCAUGAAAAAUGGUUGACAUCAUUUCUGAUGGUUUUUGGGUGCGUUUUCAUGCGUUAUCGCUUUAUCGGAGGUCUCACUUGGGAACUUGUUUUGGAAAACAGUCGAUGGUCUACUUUUGUUGAACAGUAUCAUCAUGUGAUCGACUUCCUUAAAUUCCGCGGGGCACCUUCAUGGCUGGUAGAACAGGCAAUGUUGUAUAAACAGCAACUUUGGAAGAUGAAAGAUGGAAUUCUGACGACUCCUCAUCUACAAAAACUUCCUGUACCGUUGAGGAUGGAGCUCAUUUUCGAUAUUAAUGUCGGACACUUUCAUGACUCCUUGUUAUUAAGAGACAUGGAUGAAUCGUUCAUGCGUCACAUUUCAUUGUUGAUGAAACACGAACUGUAUCUUGCGGGACAGUGUGUGUGGAACCAGGACGUGGUGAAGAAUGGUAUCAUUUUCAUCAAAUGCGGCGUGCUGGAGAUGUUGUCUGAUGAAGAUGAUGAAAGUCCGAUGAUUGCGUUCAAAGAGGGAACCGUAUUAGGAGAAAUAAGUUUAUUUUAUUCAAUACCAUCAAAAGUGACUGUAAAGGCGGCGACAUAUGUCGAACUGCAGGUAUUAAAGAGGACAGACUUUAUUCGGGCACUAACAGAAUUUCCGUACACGCUCCGACAAAUUCGGGAAAAAGUUGAAACAAGAAUUAAAAGAUCGAAAUCGAAGCAGAUCGCUAUCACUAAAUAUGAUACAAACGAUUCGAGAUUGAUCAGAAUACGCUACCGACCAAUGAUUUUACUUAAAGAUCAUUUAAGUGGAGUCGAAGAAGAAGACCCUACUUUUGUAGAUGAUUCACACAUGUAUUACAAAGAUGAAAAUAAUAAGAAACAGCGGAAAUUUACUACUGACUACUUGGAAUUAUACCAUAUAUCUAGUCAUGUUACUACGGUAGAUAAACCUCGAAUUUGUCUCCGCUCGAAUUUUCCCUGGAUUCUGGAACCGAAUACUGAUUUUACGAAUAUGUUCGAUAUAACUCACUUUUUGUUGGUGCUAUUCGUCUGUAUAAUGUGCCCCCACUGGACCGAUUCCUUGCAGUCCGACUGGGAGCGGGUCGUGAACACAAUCGUGAUUGCUGGCUUGUUGCUCAAUAUUUAUAUUCAACUCACUACCGCCGUCGUUGAGAAAAAUGUGAGAAAGGAAACAGUCAGAGAGAUAGCCGAGGAGAAAAUGUCCACUGUUGGUUUUUAUCUUGAUGUUCUUUCAGUCUUUCCUAUGUAUAUAUUUACUGAUACAUUAGACCCUAGCGGGGAAUCGAUUGCUUCUCAAAUAGCCGUCGUGUUCCCGAUUUUACAAGUAUGGCACAUAUGGGACUACUUAGAGAAAUGGCAGAAGAACUUUAAUACGAACGCUAAGUUUUUAUGUCUGAUGAAGUAUUUUUUACUGUUCAUCAUAUUCUGCUACUGGUCAGGGUGUCUUUUGUUCCUCUUCGCCUGUCCAAAAAACCUUUGUAGAGAAAAUACAUGGAUGGGCUUACUGAUUUAUUGGGAGACAAAGAUUUUCGUCAGAAACAACGCGAAACACGAAACACCUGUAUCUUCAGCCCUUUCGUUUGGAACAUCUGUUUUCACUGGAAGUGGGGCUUCAGAUAUUUCGCCAGGGUUGGAGGAUUUAGGCUUGGUUAUAGUUUUAAUAGUACUGGGCACGUAUUUGUCAUGUUUCUAUAUUGCAAAUAUAUGUUCCAUCUACGUUUUAUCAACACAAAGGAGAUUAAAGUUUAAGGAAUCAAUGAGGGAGCUGUUUUAUUUCCUCUCCGUAAACUACGUUAGCGGUAAAAUCAAGGCGCGAGUGAAAAAAUUCUUUUGCGUGCAAUGGUACUACAACAGUGCAGUUCUUAAUGAAGAAAUAUUUAAAGAUAUGUCGAGUAACAUUCAACAGGAAAUCUUAUCAUUAGAGACGAUUGAAAAACUUUUAUGUUGUCCGGUUUUCCAAAAUUGCAGUCGAGAUUUCCUUCAGACGGUUGCGUCUAAUGCCAAGACAAUAGUUUUACCCGACAAUGAGAUCGUCCAACAUGCGGGCGACAUCGGACGAGAUAUGUACAUUUUGAAAAAGGGUCAUUGCAAUAAACUAAAUCAUAAUGGAAAAAUUGAAUGUUCGAUCGGACCUAACAGUAGUAUUGGAACGGUGGAAAUGUUGUAUGGACUUCCAAAGGUGCAUACAGUCUUGACAACGACAAACUGCGUAUUACUGCAUGUUGAAUACACCGCGCUCGUGCGGAGCUGGAGCACGUUCCCUGACAUCAGUCAGCCUAUUAUGAACGUAAUCAAAGAUCCCACUAUACGUGAACUGGCGUCACAAUUCGAAGAGAGUAAGCCACUUGUCGGUAAAAUAGACACAAAAACGAACAGAAUUACGCAAGAAAUAAAAGAGAGUUUCGUGGUAGUGAGUGGGCGGCGGCAGAGAGAUCAAUAUAUACUGGCUUUUGAUAAGCUAGGCGUUAUGAGAUACUUAAGAUAUUUCUUCCUUCCUGGAUGUAUUACUCCGCAUGGAUUAUUUUUAAAAUUCUGGUGUUCAGUGAGAUUUAUAAUGGCUAUAUAUUACGUGCUGAUCGUACCUUACAAUAUUGCUACAAAACAGAGCAGAAACAUUGGUAUAUACAGUUGGGUAGAUAUAGUAUUAUAUCUCGACAUUAUAAUAAUGGCGUAUGUGGCGUACUACGACGACAGGUCAUUACUAAUAACACAUCCAUUUUUAACCACGACGAGGUAUCUGAAGCACGCUUUUCUUUUGGAUAUCAUAAGCGUUUUUCCUUUCGAAGAACUGUUUAAAGUUGUGAAUGAACACGCUGAUACUGAUCUUUGCAGGAUUAAUCGUAUACUAUUGGUAUUCCGUAUCACUGGAGCCUUUUCAUACUGGGAGAGCGAUAUUAUGCAAGUGAAUCAGGCAGUCGUUUUGCUCAAAUUUCUUCCGAUUGCCAUAACACUAGUCAACUUCGCAACCGCCUUCAUAUUUAUGAAUUCCUGCAAACCCUUCACGGUACCCACUUCAAGUUUUAUUAUGACGAAUUGUUCAAGAGUUCUGCUAUUUUCUGGAAAGAAGUAUAAGCCAAAAUAUGCCGUGGCAGAAUAUAUGCAAACCUUCUUCUGGACGUUUGAGAUAUUUGUUGGUUGUGGGUGUACUCCAGUAGCUCUUUCAAACAAAUUUGAUGUUUGGUUGGGCAUGGCUUUGCAAAUAGCUGGUGUGAUGUACUUCGCGUGUAUGUAUGGUUACAUUGCAUCUACCCGUUCCGCAGCUUCGCAUGCUUUACUAUCGCAUAAUGAAAAAACAAGAGAUUUGGUUGAUUUUUUGAACCGACAGAACGUUGAUCCAAUGUUGACUAUAAAAACUUUGAAAUAUUUUGAAUACGUCUGGAAAAGAACUCACGGCAGCGAUCCACAGAAAAUAUGUCGAGGUCUAAACUCUGCGCUAAUGGAAGAUACGCUCGUAUUCAUGUAUGAAAGGGCGUUACGCGAAGUUCCUCUGUUCGGAAAAGUCGAGCGCUCCUUCAUCAGAGUUAUCACGCAGCACUUGCAUGAAAUGUAUUUCCUUAAAGGAGAUACUGUAGUGCAGUGCAAGGAUAUUCAGACUAAGAUUUACAUUAUUUAUAGAGGAAAGGUAGACGUUUUAAGUUCAUACAACGAAAUGGUUACUUGUAUGGGACCUGGUGGAAUGUUUGGUAAUUUUACGGGUCAAACAAUUUCAAGUUCUGAAGUUUCAAUCUAUGCUAGCAGAAACUUAGAUUUGUUGGUACUGCCUUCGCAAACAUUCUUUAAUUUGGUAAAGUAUUAUCCGAGAAUACAAGAACCGUUGUACAAGGCAUUCGAGGUAUCGAAAGAUUACAUCCUACCUAUAUCUAUGGAUAACAUCGACGACGACUCCUUAGCCGAUUCUGAUUUCGAUUUGAUGUCGCAAGACUCUGCGUUUGACUCACGAAGUGGUUCCAGUAGAUUUGAUACUUCAGGUGGUCAAUAUUCACUGGCAAGUUCCCAAUCAACAGGCAACGUGAGUCAAGCGAAAUCAUCCGUCAGCGUCAUGACGUAUCAGAGUUAUUUAGAUGUCAAUAAUCUUUUGAAACCGGGGUCCAGAAUGUAUCAGGGUUUCGGUUACUUCACCUGUAUAAUGGUAACCGCAAAUUACGUACUGACACUGUACGAACUUGUAACAUUAAACGACUGCUAUAUUAUAUUUUGGUUACAAUCCAUUUUCGACAUAUAUUUUUACGUCAAAGUUUAUUUAUCGAUGCAUCAGGGUUACCUCAAUCGACACGGCGAUCUAAUAAUUGAUGCAACAAAAUGUCGCGCCCGAUAUUACAGACACAAGCUGUGGGUUUGGUCAGAUGUAUUUACUAAUUUACCACUUGAGCUAUUUGGUUUCUGCUUCUCUAUUCCCAUUACUGCAAUGCAUUAUAUGAGGAUGAAUAAAUUGUUGAGACUAAAGUAUCUAGUUGAAUUUUAUCGGAAAACUUCAGCUGAACUUACAAAUAAUCUUACUACAUUGCAGUCUGCAAUGACUUUUUUCAUAGUCAUUUUGUUGUUGCACACGUUAACAUGUGUUUGGUUACUGACCCUGAUUGCCUCUGCACCUUUCAAUAUCAUACGGACUCUAAAACUCCAUCUGCUAGAUGAGUAA